GUAAACUGUAGACUGUAAUUUGUUAAAAUAUUGAUCUUUUUGGUUUCUUGUUUUUGAGUUGGCGCCGUAAAUUUAUCGGAAAUGAACUCUUCGUUGAGAAAUCACUGUCACUAGAAUAGACGUCGCUACACUCAUAUGCAUUUCCGGUAAAAGAAGCAAUAUGGGUAAACCUCGUGGUCUGCGUACUGCACGUAAACACGUGAAUCAUAGACGCGAUCAGCGUUGGAAUGACAAGGAUUACAAAAAAGCUCAUUUGGGAACAAGGUGGAAGGCCAAUCCAUUCGGUGGUGCUUCUCAUGCAAAGGGUAUUGUUCUAGAAAAAGUUGGCGUAGAAGCUAAACAACCGAAUUCCGCCAUUCGUAAAUGCGUGCGAGUUCAAUUAAUCAAAAAUGGAAAAAAAAUCACAGCCUUUGUCCCUAGGGAUGGCUGUUUGAACAAUAUCGAAGAAAAUGAUGAAGUAUUAGUUGCAGGUUUCGGUCGCAAAGGUCAUGCUGUGGGCGAUAUUCCAGGAGUACGAUUCAAAGUAGUGAAAGUUGCUAAUGUUUCGUUGCUUGCACUUUACAAAGAAAAGAAAGAGCGACCUAGAUCCUAA